GCAAAGAUUUUGUACUUGAGGAUCGCAUGAAGGAUAUUGUUCUAUACUUGUACCAUCCAACACAAUUGUUAGAAACUAAAUUAUAAAAAUGCAUAAAUUGGCUGUCAAGCCACAUUAAUUUGACGUUUCAAACAAAGCAACAGAUAGACAAACAAGCUUUUGGUAUUGAUUAACCAAUUAAUGAUAGAAUUAAUUGUCCCAACAAUCCAAUCACUAAUCUAAAAGAGAUACAGAGAGAGAUCCUUCACUUCACUUCCUCUCUAUCAAGUUUCAUGUCUGCCCAUAGCUGCACCUCUCGCCACUUCUCAUGGCUGGUGAAAUCGUGUAUUCCCACCACCCAACACCACCCCCAUUCCCCCGCUCCUCAUCCUCCCACCGCUCCUUCCGCCGCCGCUCUGCUCUGCCAAACCACCAUUUCUUCCCUUCCCGACGACCUCCUCCUAGAAUGCCUCUCCCGGGUCUCGCAUUCGUGUCUUCCUUCGCUGCCCUUGGUGUGCCGUCGCUGGUCGGACCUCCUCGACUCUCCCACCUUCCACUCCCUCCGCCGCCGCCGCGACCUCCUCCGUCUCACUCUCUUUGCUCUGUCCAUUUCCGGCCAUUCCCUGCUCUUCUCGGCUAGUCUCUGCUUGGGUCUUGAAUCUGUGUGGAAAGUUUCAUCUUUUCUUCUUGCAAACGAGGGAAUUCAUCAGGGGACGUUUUCCUCUCUGUUCUCUCAUUCCCGAUUGGUCGCCAUUGGCCGGAGAAUUUACGUCAUUGGCCGGACGGCGAUGAUUUGUUGCGACACGUGGACCGGGACUGCGGCCUCGUUACAGGGGCCGAUUGCUUCGAGGAAGAAAUUUGCUGCGGCGGCCGUGGAUGGACGGAUAUAUGUGGCCGGCGGCUGUGGGCGGACGGAUGCGGUGGAGGAGUAUGACCCGCGGAAUCGGAAAUGGCGCGUGGUGUCCACGGCGGCCAGGAAGCGGUACGGGUGCGUGGGGACGGCGGUGGACGGAGUAUUCUAUGUGAUCGGAGGACUGAAAAUCGGGUCGUCGGGGAAUGAAGGGGUGGUGGUUCCGGGCUCACGCGCCGCUGGAUCGGACGCAGCGCAUUUGUACGCGAGCUCGAUGGAUUUGUAUGACGUGGCGUUAGGGCAGUGGCUGAGGAGCCGCACCGUCCCCGGCGGCGGAUGCGUGGUGGCGGCUUGCGCCGCGGGCGGAUUCGUUUACGUUCUAUCGAGCCACGCCGUGGAACUCUCGUUCUGGAAGUUCAACGGCACGCGCAAAUCGAACGGCUUCGGGGAGUGGGGCCGUCUCACGUCUCCGCCGCUUCCGGCGCAGGUUAGACUGGACAGCACCGUGAGAUUCGGCUGUGUAGGGGCGGGAGAAACGGUAGUGCUGAUCCAAGUGACGGGCUGCAUCGACGACCUGCUCAGGCGGAGCGGCAGAAGUCAGAGGGGAUUCAAGGAAGGACUUGUGAUGGUGUACGAUUGCGCCGCCGGGGAGUGGAGCAGGGGGGCGGAUUUGCCGGAGGGAAUUCGACGCGCCGCCUGUGUGACGGUUGAGUGCUAGUUUGCGCCGCUUGGGCCUUUCAAGUUUCAAGGGUAAACACGGGCCGGGCUUGCAAUAUUGGGGAAGCAAAAGUCGGGCUUACCCUCACCUUAUUUUUCGCCAUUGAGUCAAAGCAUCUGAUUUUUAUGUCGGCACAAAUCAAUUGUUUAUCAUGCCAAAUAAUGGUGUUAAAAAACUUAAAGUUAGUACUCGCAUGCUUCCAAAGAUUCUUUUCUCACCCAUUUCUAGGAAAAUUGGGCACAAAUCUUCUUUGUGUUUGGAUCUGAUUCUCAAAAGUGAUUCUGCUUUUUCAGGGAGCAGAAGCAGAAGUUGAAGUGUUUGGGUGAAAUUCCAGAAGCACUUCUGGUGCUCUAAUUUACUCUCAGAAUCGGUUUUUUAGAAGCUGGUAGGUACUAACUUCUGAAAACUGAUUCUGAUUCUGCUCCAAACACCCCCUAAAUUGUAAUUAAGAAUGUUUUAUUUUGGACUGUUUUCAGUCCCAGACCAUACUUAAACAGACCAGACCAGACUAAAACAGACCAGACCAGACCAUAAUUUCUUAGUUAUAAAAUACACAGAGACCAAACGUUUACCAAACCAGACCAAAUCAGAGCAGACCAAAUCAGACCAGACCAGACUUAAACAGACCAGACCAGCAAAUUUCAGUCCAAAAGAAAACAUCCUAAAUUAGCUUCGGUCUGUAAGGAUAUUUGUAAUUUAAUUCUAAUUAAAUUAGCUUCAGUUUUUAAUCAAAUCAUACUCAAAUAGAUGAGACUAAUUUGGAUCAGAUAAGAUUUUCACACUUUGAUUAUUAUACACAUAAGUAGACAUUCAUUAGAUCAUUCAGAUCAAUCAUAUUGCGUGCAUAACCAUUACAUUCGCUUGAUCAAAUAAUCUAAAGAGCUAAUAGAACAUUCAUUGCUCAACGAUUUGAUCAAAACAUUUUUCAAAUAGUGUAACAGUUGUAUUUAAAUUGAUAAAGCGGCUGAACAAACAUCACUUUGUCAAUUUUGCGAUUUAUGUGUAAUAAAAUUUGUAACAACUAUGUUAUUGUUAUAGACACUUUCCGUGACAAAGUUCCUUAAUAAAAUCAGUGUUUUUUUUGUAGUGCUACACCAUAUACUUCGUAUAUGUUCUAUCGAGGACUGAAUUAUUGGUAUAUGUAAGAUAAUAAUUCUAGAGAUUAGUUCAAAGUUGAACCACCUAUUAUUAUAAUUAGUACAUACCAAAAUUAUUGGUAUAUAUUUGAAUGAUUUUAGUUAUCACUAAUAGUUAUACACAUUCUUCGAUCGAUGACUUCUUCACAACUUCCUUAACAA